GAGGCCGAGCAGGGGGCGGCCGGCGCGCGGGGCUUCUCAGAGCAGGUCGAGAUGACCACAGCCACCCCUUUGGGGGGUACCACCUUCUUCUCAUUGAACAUGACCACCAGAGGAGAAGACAUUCUGUACAAGAGUUCUGGAGCCAUUGUUGCUGCCAUCGUGGUGGUUGUCAUCAUCAUCUUCACCGUGGUUCUGAUCUUGCUGAAGAUGUACAACAGGAAGAUGAGGACAAGGCGGGAGCUGGAGCCUAAAGGCCCCAAGCCAGCGUCCCCUUCUGCCCUGGACCCAAACAGCAACAGCAGCCAACACCCUGCAACUGUGACCUUCAGCCCUGUUGAAAUCCACGUGGAGACUCGGUGACACCCACCCUGGAGCUGUCUCGGCCACUAUCCAAAGAGCCUUCAGUCAAGACCAAGAAGCACAUUUCUCCGCCGGCAGCUUCAUUCUAAGUUCCUUCCAGUCAGGUCAACAGGGGCAUCUCUUAUGCGAUCCCUGAUGCUUCAGGCAACCCCUAACCCCAUCCUGCCCUGCCCCACCCCAACUCGGUCCAUAUCCCUCCUGCCACCCUUCCAAAAAACUGUGGAACAUUCUUCAUCAUCUGAGGAGGUAGAGCUAUGUUGGGAAUCCACUGAUGUGGGUUUGGUGGUCUCCCCCCAAACACAAUAGCUAGACAGACAGACAGACAGGCAGACAGCCCGCCCAGGAGUAGGAGUCUUCUGGUCUGGAGUCAGGGGUCAGGGCAUGUUCCUGAGAGAGUCUGCCCUGGGAUUAUAUCAGAGUAAGGACCAUAUCCACAGCUUUGCAGAGCAAAAUAUUCAAGCCCAUAGUCAGGCAUUGGGGAACUAACUUGGACUAACUAGCCAGAAAACCAACUUGCUAAUUUAGAACUUGUUUUAGUACUAGAUGACCGCUAGCACCACAUGACGACUGGUCAGCACAUUUCCCUCUUUAGGAAAGGUUAUGGGAAGAACUGGAGUCUUCUCCAAAGGCAUCUACUUCUUUAGCGAAUAGUCAGAUAGAAGGCAUAGGAUGACCCUGAGAAAGGAAGAAUGGCUUCUAGGUUGAAAGCUUGUUGCAGUGUCCGUGGGCCUGGAAUGAGCCUGGCGGCUGGUCAGGGUCCUUCUUCCCCCUCCCCGCCCCGGGGCUGGAUUAACCUUGACUCAGUCUCACUUCUCGCCUUCCUGAUAUUUGGACUUGAAGUAGUCCUCAGUCUUCAGUUAUCGCCUUGCCUCCAAGGUCCAGUGUUUGGAGACUGAUUAGAUUACAGUUCUAUUUGUGUUACCUCUGCCCUUCCUGGUCACCUUGCAAAGAUUCAGGACAUAUUCAAAAUACCACAUUCACAAACCCUUUCUCUGGACAGAGAUCAUCUCUUUGACUCCUUAGCCUGGAGAGCAAUCUAUUAACAGGGGAAAACAUUUUGGGAUUAGGAAGACUUGCCUUCCAAGCCCCAUGGUUGUGUGGCUCGGAAAAGUGCCUUGACCCCUCCGUAUGCUGUUUCCUAACCAUGAAAUGGGAAUAGCAUCUGCCUCACUGGGUGCCAAGUCAAGGACUUAGUAAAGCAGCUCGGGUGGUGCCUGGCACCCAGCAGAUGCUUUAAAAAUGGGAGCCAGCAUUAUUAUUACGGAUUUCUUCCAUUGUUAGACAUACGUUUGUUCCCAUUUUAAUGAAUCUGAAAUUAGAAUAUGUCUUAAAAUUGAUGAGUCCAUU